CCCCCCCCCAAUCCACCUGUACACUACAUUCAAAAUGGCCAAGGACAAGUCUGCCCCCAAGAUCGACAAGAAGGAGAAGAAGGACAAGAAGGCUGCGCCUGUCAAGGAGGUCAAGGAGGUCAAGGCCAAGGAGGUGAAGAGCGACAAGAAGGACAAGAAGGAGAAGAAGGACAAGAAGGCCAAGAAGGCCAAGACGCCCACUCCCGAGCCCGAGUCGAGCGAGGAGAGCAGCGACGAGUCGGACGACGAGUCUGAGGAGGAGAAGCCUGCCGCCAAGGCCGCUAAGGCCGAGUCGUCGGACUCUGACUCGUCCGACUCGGACUCGAGCGACGACGAGGAGGACAAGCCCGCCGCCAAGGCUGCUUCGUCCGACUCUGACUCGGACUCGGACUCGUCGGACGAGGACGCUGCCGCCGAGGAGGUCCAGCUCCAGAAGGAGGACGCCGAGAUGAAGUCGUCCGAGUCCUCGGACUCUGACUCAUCCGACUCGGACUCGGACUCUGACUCGAAGGAGUCCAAGGACGCUGCGCCCGUCACCAACGGCAAGCGCAAGGCGGACGACGAGGCUGAGGCGCCGGCCAAGAAGGCCAAGGUCGAGGGCGGCGAGGGCGACGAGGAGGUGUCGACCAACGUCUACGUCGGCGGCCUGUCGUGGAACAUUGACAACGACUGGCUGCGCUCCGAGUUUGAGAAGUGCGGCGAGGUCGUCGACGCACGCGUCAUGCUCAACCGCGAAAACGGCAAGUCGCGUGGCUUCGGCUACGUCGAGUUCGCGGACCUCGAGAGCUCGGCCAAGGCGUGCGCCGAGAUGAACGGCGCCGAGAUCGACGGCCGCUGGCUCAAGGUCAACUACGCCGUCAAGCGCGACCAGACGGCGUCGCGCGCCAAGGCGUUCAACGACAAGCAGUCGCCGCCUGCCGAGACGCUGUGGAUCGGCUCGCUCUCGUUCGACAUCACCGAGGACCAGGUGUACGAGGCGUUCGGGGAGCACGGAGACGUGCAGCGCGUCUCGCUGCCGACGGACCGCGACACCGGCGCCCCCAAGGGCUUUGGCUACGUGCAGUUUGCGAGCGUCGACGAAGCGACUGCCGCGCUCACUGCGCUCAACGGCGCCGAGCUCGCCGGCCGCCGCAUCCGCAUCGACUACGCCCCGCCCAAGGACACGAGCCGCGACAGCUUCGGCGGCGGCCGUGGCGGUGGCCGUGGCGGCUUUGGCGGGCGCGGCGGUGGCCGUGGCGGUGGCCGCGGCGGCUUUGGCGACCGUGAUGGCGGGUACGGCGGGCGCGGCGGCGGCCGUGGCGGCUUUGGCGGUCGUGGCGGCGGCGGCCGCGGCCGCGGCGCGCCCCGUGGCGGCGCACGCACCGGCGGCAUCGUCCAGCCCACCGGCACCAAGGUGUCGUUCGACUAGUCCAUCAUACCCAUACCAAAAGGGCUGCCGAGUGUCUGUACUAGCUCUUGAUGCGCGCCUGGCAUAGACGUUUUUCUGUAUGCAUUGUGGUAAUAGAUCGCGACGCGGUGCGGGGCGCAAGUUGGCAGGAGGCAGGCUCCACUGUGCGCGUGCGUGUUAGGCUGCGACGACGCCCGCUAUCAACCAGACGCGCCGGACGUCGCUCGCUUUGCUGCGCGCCAGCUCCAUAAAUACCCGCCUUGUCACGUGCCCGCCUAUGUACACUGGCACAUGCGGUGGAUCGGAGGACAUGUGAGCUGGCGCAGUCGAUCGCAACGACGUCAUUAGAGUGGACGUUUGGACUCUGCGCAGUCACCGCGUACCCCACUACGCCGCAUAGCUCGGCACCGGCGCCGCCUCACGCCUCACUCGGGCCUGGGUGCGCCUCGGGCCUCGCCGCUGAUGGUAUGUAGCGGAGGGCAGCGG